CUUCGCCCAAAUAAGCCUGCCUUCUUCUUCGAUCUUCUUCGUCAUCGUCUUCUUACUCCUGCAAUUAUUCUCCACAGAGAGAUGGGGAGAGCAAGGAUUGCGAUUAAGAGGAUUGACAAUUCAACGAGCAGGCAAGUGACUUUCUCAAAGAGAAAAAGUGGAUUGCUCAAGAAAGCUAGGGAGCUUUCGAUCCUCUGCGACGCACAAGUUGGAGUUAUCGUCUUCUCCAGCUCUGGCAAGCUCUAUGAAUAUGGAAGCUCCAGUGUGAAAUCUAUUAUUGACCGCUACAAUGAACAAAUCGAAGAACAACAUUUUCAGCUUAUAGAUCCUGUUUCAGAAGUUAAGUUUUGGCAGACAGAAGCAACAGUCUUGAGGCAGCAACUGCAACGCUUGCAAGAAAGCCACAGGCAAUUGAUGGGUGAACAACUAUCCGGUUUGGGCUUGAGCGAAUUGCGAAGUUUGGAAAAUCAACUGGGGAUAAGUUUAAAAAGCGUUCGGAUCAAAAAGGUUUGA